CUUAAACAUGGCCAUGUUUCGGUGCCAUGCUGGCGCUUCUGGCUGUGGGAAUCCUGGCGCUGGAUCUGGUGUUGGGUCGAAAGUUGCAGGGCGACGUGAUACUUGGAUCUGGGCAAGCCACUGUGAUCAGCAAGUUUUGCUUCGAUUUCAACCCACAGUGCGUGGAUCACCAUGCGUGUGUCAAUCCACCGGGAAGCAUUGACCUCAAGGUGCGUUCGGCUCAUCUAAGCCAGACAUCCUCCAUGCGUGUGGCGGAGGUGAGGGAGCCCAAAGUCAUGGUUGCCCUGCUGGACGAUGAGUACUUCAGCUUUCCAGAAGUCUCGCAAGUUUGGGGCGAGGCCAAUUGCACCGAUGUGGCCAAAGCUGCCAAGAGGGCAUUUGCGCUGGAGUGGAGGACCAUCAGUUCCAGGGAGGGUCAACAUUUCUACAGCAUCGUGGUGGAAAAGGUACGACCGCGCUGGUGGUACAUCGCUUUGGCCUCGUGUUCAGAUCAUGCUUUGGCUAUGAGCUACGAGCUGCUGGUGCAGAAUCCUAUGCAGGGGAUCAAUCUCCAGCUGUCCAUGGAUGAAAUAG